AUGAAGACCAACAGCUGGUUGCUGUUGUUGGUGCUUCUUGGGGCCCUGCUCCUGGGGUCAGCGACCGGCAACAACACCAACAACGACAUGAACAACAACAUGAAUGACGACGAUCGCAGCUCCAGCACCAACGACAUGGUGCCUGCUGGAACGGAGGAGGAAUCGGCGAUUGGCACGGCCGCUGCUACUGCCCCCACCACCGCCGCCAUUGUUACUGACGCCGACGCCUACCACACAACCAACACUCCGAUCUCUGCCACGAUCCCCGUGGUUGCUGAGCUAACGGAGGGGAUGAACGGAGCCGACCUGGGCUUGACCACGGCAAUCACCACCUCCACCACCACCGCCACCGCCACUGACGAAGAGACCGCCGACCCCAGAGACACGUUGGCUGGUUCAUUCGCGGCUCUCGCCGCCGCCGCCGCCGCCGCCGCCGCCGAUCCUGCGAUUGUUCCGACGGGGCCGCUCGUGCCGGGAACAACGGCAAACAGUACCGAGCCCGAAAGCACUACCACCCUCUCCCGCUCCGAUCCCGCGGCUUCUGUUAUCGAUAGCAACGUGGUCGAUCGUUUCAAUGGCUCUGGUGACACAGCUUCACGGGAAGAACCAACGGCCGCCGCCGCCGCCGCUGAUGCCGCCGCCGCCGCCACCGCCACCGCCACCGCCACGGCCGCCAAGGUCACCACCUCCACAACCGAUGCCUCUAAAACCAUUGGGCACGUGGGGAGUCAUCAGAACACAGACGGAUCCAACAGCAACGCCAACGGGUAUCAUGGUCGUCCAUCGCAUGCCGAUUCGAGUGACGGCGAUGGGGGCGGCGCAAAUGCGGCUGGGAUUGAUUCUGCGCCGGAGCUGCCCGAAAAGCCGAUAGAGGUUCCCCGCCCCCUGGCACAAGAUGCCGCGCGCACCACCACCGCUAUCGGGACAAACGACGGCGCACAAUACACCUCAGACAUCACACCUGUGGUCAAGUCCGAGCUGAGGCUCGUCAGGAGGACGAUGCCGGACAAGGACUUCUCCGCCCACCUCGUGGAAGGACGUGGCCUCGACCAGCCGUCUCUCAGAUUGUUCAAGGUCGGCGCGGACGCCAACGACGCCGGCAAAGCCAAGAAGGUCAUUCUUCUCGUCGGGGGUACGUCUGUUGAGCCGACCUCCCACAAAGGCUCCACCGACCGCUUCGUGGUCAAGACCCCUAAGGGUGUGUGGUCGUUCCGUGCUUCCGACACCAAGAACCGGGACGCCUGGGUAAACGCCAUCAGGAGCGUUCGGAGAGUCAGAAGUAACGCUGGUCACGACACCGAUGGCGGCGGCAAGAGCAGCGGCAACGAUGGUGAUGACGACGGUGGCAAUACCGAUCACGGCGGUGACAACGGCGACAACAAUGGCAGCGAUGGUCCCGAGGAUUCUGCCUCGGACGAUGUCACGCCCGACGCCGUUCAGCUUCAGUUUCGCAAGGAAGGAAAGGUGCUCCACAAGACCACCUUCAGAGGGUGGCAAACCCGAGACCUCGCGCUCGUCUCCGGCUCAGUCCUGCGGCUAUGCCACGCUAAGAGUGGUGUAUUCAAGCAGCAGCCCACCUGCAAGGAACAACGGUUGGGCCGGUCUUCGGAGGUCGUUGCACUCUCCGAGCAAGAUGUCAGGAAGGCGGAUGGCGAACGGUUCAUGUUCCGCGUCGUGACCAAGGCUCCUCGCGGGAAGAUGCACACCAAGUGGACGCUGGAUGCGGAAAGCCAGUCGGAGUUAGACGCAUGGGUCUCGCUCGUGCAAGAGGCCAUCGCCCUUAUCGAUCCCGACGACCAGAAUGCUAAAAAUGACGACGCGUCGGCGGUGGCGGUGACGGCUGGUGCGGUAUGUUGUUCUAGGGCGGGGCGGACCUUUGUAGUCGGGGCGCAAGGAGACACGCACAGGACCCUCCAAGAACACAAGAACAUGAAUCAGAGUGGGAGCAGCACGAUAGAGUACACGACAAACCGCGACGAUGCGCAGUGA